AUGAGCUACUCCAGCAGACAAUUCUACCAGGAUUACCGUUAUUCGUUAGAAAAGGAUUUCCUGACCUCCUUAGGUGAAAGGUUCCCAUACGCUGAACAUGGCGGGUACCGUCGAUGGGGCGAUGAGCUGCGCAAAUUGACAUUCGAGGACCGUCAGCCGAAUGUGGCUGCUGUCAGUGACGAUGGCAAAUACCUCGCUAUUGGCCUCCAGCACGAAAUCCACGUCGUCGAAACGGAGACGCUCUCCGUGCAGCAGGUCCUUCGAGGACACGAUUCUAGGGUUGACGCUCUAGCCUUUCAACCAGGAGACUCAGACACGCUGGUCUCAGCGGCGAUGAACGUGUAUGCCGGUUCCGCGCCCACGAAGCCAACGAUUAUAUUCUGGAAUCUGAAGGAUCAAGCUUCGAAAGUUGACCUCGCCGGAGACGCAGAUACCGUCGCUGCUCUAAGUAUCACCGCAGCACAAGCUGUGGAAUCGAAGCUCACCGCGGUUUCGCUGAAUAAGACCGAACAGACUGCGAUAAGCAAUGCAUUCAACCCAAUAAUCAGUCAAGCCCUCGCGAACCACAACAUCAUCAACUACCCACGAUUACACGGCCGCCUCGUCACCUUAUUCCAAUCCAAGCCCCUCAGUCCCUCAGGCAAAUGGAUGCUAUAUCUGCCUGGCGACAGACCUCAUUCGAACGACAAAGACGACAGAUGGACUAUCAAAAUAUACUCCACGGCGGACCACAAAGACCUAGCGACCCUCGCCGGGCACACCGACUCGGUCGUCUGGACAGGCUUCAACGUAGACGAAACGCUCAUCGGCUCCGUAUCCUGGGACAAGACCGUCCGCAUCUGGAUGUGGAGCCCUGAAAACGGCCUGGACCUGACAGGCAUUUCUGCUUCUGAACCGCUGCUCAAAUUCAAAUUCGAAACUUCCGGGCAGAACUGGACAGGCGGCUUCUCCCCCGACUCGCGCUUCUUCGCCGCGACAUGUGGUGACGGCACAAUCCACGUCUACAAUCUCAUCGAUGGCACCACGCUCUUCACGCAUGACAGCGGCAAACGCUGGUGUCGAGCACUCGAUUGGCAUCUCGACGGCAGUCGUAAUCUCCUUUGCGUAGGCGGAGGCCCGGGCGGGAAAUUGCUGCUUUUUGAUAUUGAGACGCAGGCGGUGAUUCAAGAACGUAAACUUGGCGUGGACCGCGCCAGAAACAUCAAUGAGCAGCGGCGUCGGUUCAUGCCUCGUAUGCUUGAAACAGGUGUUGUCCGGUUUAUGGAUCGCGGGCGUAAGGUCGUCGUCUUCACGAGCGGCGAUGGAUCUGCUGAGGUGUAUGAUUUGGUUGGGGAGCGGAAGUGGAGAUUUGCAAGGGAGGGUGUUGAUCAAGAUUUGAGGACCGAGAAAACCACGAACGAAGAGGGUGACAACUUCGUUACUAGCAUCGCAGGAUUUCGAAUGGAGAUUUGGGAGGACUUGAAGAAACAGCAGAUUAUGCUUGCCACUAUCGAUGGUGAUGCUGUGCGAAUUUGGGCUGUGCCCAUGACUUUAGAUUGA